AUGGGCCACCUUGAGGACAAUGAAUUGCUGACAGAUAAGCAAUUUGCAUAUCGGCAGAAGAUAUCUACAAUUACCGCGGCACAUAAAAUAUUUGACUGCUUAGUUUCCGGUCUGGAUGAGAAGUAUAAAAUAGCGGGCAUAUUUUGUGACUUGUCCAAGGCCUUUGAUGUGAUUAAUCAUGAACUGUUGUUGGAUAAGUUAUAUCAUUAUGGAAUACAGGGUAAGAGCCACAAACUUCUCACGUCGUUCUUAUCGGAUCGUAAGCAAGUGGUGAAAUUAUCCUCGAACGGUAAAAGACUGGAGUCCGUUCCUGGCAGUGUGAACUUAGGAAACACGCUAUUUCUAUUAUAUAUAAAUGACCUUCCCACUGCCAUCACAGCCGGCCUCUCCGUACUGUUUGCGGAUGACACAACGGUUAUAGUUAGCGCGCGCACGUACGAACAGCUGGGACAGAGAAUCGAUGAAGGGUGUGAGCAGCUCCAGAGGUGGUUUUCAUCGAAUGAGUUGCUGCUGAAUAUCACUAAAUCCAACAUCAUGGUUUUCUCGGGUCGAGGUCUCACAGUUCCUCCGUGUGUAGCAAGCAAUCCGAUGCCGAUAUGCAAUGAGAGUAGGUUCCUUGGCUUCACUCUGGACUCGAACCUUAACUGGAAGUGCCAAAAGCUUAAAUGUCAAAAGAUUGAUAGAGAGAGAACAGGAAUAAAGACGUCAGAUAAUCGAGAACUAUGUAUGCGAAGGUUGAAACAAAUGCUGUCUGAGGCUAGAAAUGAUAAUGGGGGAGAAUACAAUUAUAAGAGAGUACGAGAUCUACUUGAACAAAGUGGAAUAAAGCAAAGGCUUAUUACGCCUUACACGCUAGAACAGAAUGGGAGUAGCGAAAGGGAAAACCGCACUAUAGUCGAAUCUGCUAGAGCAAUGAUGCACGCGCAUGAAGAGUUACCUCAGAAUUUGUGGGCUGAGAUGCAUUUAUAUUACGUGUGCGAUAAAGUUAUUGUGCGUAAUUUCCGUAGUCGGAGGUUCGUCCCCCAAAAUCCCGGCUUACAAAAUAGACUAAAGGCCUUCAGAGAAGAUGGGAUCAAAAUCGACGAUGGUGAUGCGGAAGAAUAUGUUGAACAGUCCGAAAGUGACUUUUACAAAGUUGGAGAUGUUUACAAUGAACAUGUGAAUGAAACCCUAAUGGGCAAGCAUGAGUUGCGUCACCAAAUUAUCAAGGAAAAGUACUUUAAAGAGAACAUGCCCAACCUUUUGACUUGGAGUGAAAAGGAGCAAAUUCGACAUUUAGCUACAAUGCAUCCCGAUGAAUGGACUCCAGAGAGGAUAGCCGAGAGUUUUCCUAUCACAGUUCCUGUUGCUAAGAAACUACUAAAGUAUGUUUGGAAACCAGCUUCACAAGCCAGAAUAGCCCGUCAUGAUGAAUCAGCGUUAAGAAAUUGGAAAGAACUGAAAGAAGGUCAUUUAGACAUACCUGAAGAUUUACGACGACAUUUCCUGAAAUUCUCAGAGAGGAAAAUACCUUCAUUAAGUAAGAAGUCCUUAAAAAUAGAUAUAACUCGAGAAGAGAAACUUGGGGAAUUUGAAAGAAUCAUACAAAGAUGCGCUGCUAGAGAGGAAUCUCUUAAAGACACAGCAGCAGUAGAGACAGAUCCAGAGAUGCCCAAAUGUAAUGAAAGAAAAAAGAAAGAUUCUAAAAGGGUAACAUUAGACGACUUAACUGCUAAAAUUCAACAGCGCCUAAAUAAAGGGAAUGAAAUUGACUUGCCUGAUACAAUGAUGUUAGACAUGGUCACUACUGAACCUGUUAAAGUUAAUAAUAAUCAAGCGGACAGUCAUCAUGAAGUAGAUCUUUUUACCGGGGAUAGCAAAGCUGAAUUAACAGAGUUUAAACCAACAGAAAAUAAUGUAAUCAAAAUAGAUUAUACAAAGAGAAUUAGGAUACCAAAGAAAGCAUACAAAAAAGGCGCAACUUACAAGAUCGACGACUGUUAUUAUGAUGAUGAUGGGAAGUUUUUGUAUAGAGUAUUGGGUAUGACAAACUAA